AUGGGUGCAGGGGCCUCCACCACCACUGCAAUGUCGACUUCAAUUUCACCCUUUCAUGCACCUCAAGUUGAGUUGAAUACUCGGCACACGAAACCUCCUUCUUCUAAGGCUCAUCAUGUUAGACUUUCCAUGAAUCAACCAAGCAUGAUUCAUUCGAGUAAGGAUCCAAUUCCAACCCUCUCUCGUUCAUUACAAGAAAUCGUGGAUGACCGGAAAAGAUCUUGCCAUUCGGUUUUUAUCGAUCAUGAUGUUGCAUUAAGGGAUCAAGCUCAUUCAAAAACCGUUCAUUCGACGCACUCUUCGGUCCUCCUGCAUUGCCUUGAAAGACGAAAAAAGAAGAAGAAAACUCUACCGUUAACAGAACACAACCAUCGCCAUUCACAACAUCUUCAUCAUCAUCUUCGAACUCAUACACAUCGACAUGAUUUUCAUUUACAUCACCCUCCAAAUGAAAUAUUGAAGCAUCAUCAAUCCUCGCUCUCUAACCACUCACCGUCUCAUUAUAUUAACAUCUUGGUUAAAAAACGAAUCUUACUGUUGGAAGAUCAAGACACCACUCUGGUCGAUCAUGUACCAACACAAGAUCAAUUUGAUUCUGUCAUUACUUCAACUGAUUUAUCCAAAGACAACGGCAAUGCCAGUAAUUUUGACAAGUUUCCCAUAGAUACCGGUUCCAGUUUUGAAUUCUCUGGCUCCAGCAAUUCAUUUCGAUCCUCAAUGCCUGUGAAAGAAGAUGUUUCUAUCCCUGUACUUUACAACAAAUGUUCUAUUCGUUCACAAGUGUUUCAGUCCCUCCAAAAAGGAUUGUUAAAACAAUCCAUGACUUUGGACAUGAAUGAAGGAAAUGAUGAAAUACGAAUUGUCGUUACACCUCCCUCGUUCGCAGCAGAAAUGAAAUCGAACGGAUCCAAAACUGUUGACAUGGAGCGGUGUGAAAAAAAGAAGACAUUGAGACUUUGUUCGAAAGAAAAUGUAAAACGAUGA